AUGAAAAGAAUCCUUCUGCAGCGACCUUUUCACCUCUACAAAGGAGGCACCUCGUUCUUCCCGGAAUCGAGUGCUCUGAACCGAACACAUACUACCACAACACACUUCUCAAAAAGAACUCAUUCUUCUAAUGGUUUGAAUAUAAACAAACCCAUUUCUACAUCUCGGAAUUUUCACUCCACUUCCAUUCUUCCAACAGAUCAUCACAAUCACCACGAACAACAACAACAACAGCAUCCUUCCAAUACCAUUAAUAUGGAUUCCUAUCAUUCUGCCACUCAACAACAUGACCAUAUGAAGAACAACAAGCAUUCCGUUUCUUCCUCUCUUCGAAAAUCUUCCACCACCCUCCGAACACAUCCAACAUUUUUCGACACCAUCGUGGUAGGAGGUGGUCACUCGGGAUGUGAAGCUGCUCAUGCUGCUCUCUUUCACAAUGCAACUACUCUCAUGGUGACACACAGCUCGGAUACUAUUGGAGUUCUUUCCUGUAAUCCAUCGAUUGGUGGAGUUGGAAAGGGAAUUUUAGUGAAGGAAGUGGAUGCUUUGGGAGGUUUGAUGGGUGUUGUGAGUGAUUACGCAAUGAUUCAUUACAACGUGUUGAAUCAAAGUAAAGGACCUGCAGUUUAUGGACCACGAGGACAAAUGGAUCGUCACAUGUACAGAACGAAAAUGCAACAAAUCUUGACUGAGUAUACAAAACGAUAUCCUGAUAAAUUUCAAAUUAUUAGCGGAAGUGUGGAUGAAAUAUUACAUGAAAAUGGUGAAAUUCGUGGAGUCAUUCUAAAAGAUGGUACAAAAAUUCGUGCCAAAUCUGUAGUCAUAACAACAGGAACAUUUUUGAGAGGAGAAAUUCAUAUUGGAAAUACUGUUCGUUUUGCAGGAGGAAGAAUUAGCGAGAUUGGAACAGAACGCACCUGUGGAAGUUUGAGUGACUGUUUUUACAAGGAAUUUCAAUUUGAAAUGGGAAGAAUGAAAACAGGAACACCUCCACGCCUUCACAGAGAAUCCAUCGAUUGGUCCAAACUCGUCGAACAGCCCUCAGCCAAAUUUAUUGAACCCUUCUCCUACAUGCAUGACGAGAAUACAUUUUAUGGAACUCGAGUACCACACGAUCAACCUCACAUGAUGUGUUAUGAGACUGAAACGAAUGAACGUACACAUGAAAUUAUUCUUAACAAUUGCAAUGCAUUGGCAGAUGAGGUACGCUUUGGAAAUGGACCUCGUUAUUGUCCUUCCAUUGAAAUUAAGGUCACUCGAUUUCCUCAAAGAACUUCACACCGUAUUUGGUUAGAACCUGAAGGUAUACUUCCCAAAUAUUCCGAUGGUAGAAAUGUGCCCUAUGAUCACUACUCGAAUGUGAUUUAUCCGAAUGGAAUUUCAUCAAGUUUACCUCCAGAGAAACAACUCGAGUUUUUACGUACCAUGAAAGGUCUCGAAAACGUGCACAUGUUACAACCUGGUUAUGCGGUCGCUUAUGAUUUUGUUUCACCCAAAGUGGAAUUAACUCACACUCUUCAAACGAGAAAAUGUAAGGGACUCUUUUUGGCCGGUCAAAUCAAUGGAACUACAGGAUAUGAAGAGGCUGCAGCUCAAGGAAUUAUUGCAGGAAUUAAUGCAGCAAUAUAUGCUCGUCAGGAUAAUUCAGAAUUUAUUUUGGAUCGAUCGGAGGCAUAUAUUGGAGUUUUGAUUGAUGAUUUAGUGACACGAGGUGUGGACGAACCCUAUAGAAUAUUUACAUCACGAUCUGAAUAUCGAUUAAUGUUGAGAGCAGAUAAUGCUGAUUUGAGAUUGACUGAAAAGAAAUAUUUACAUGGAUUGGAAAGUUUACAUGUGGAAGGAAAGAAGAAACACCACAUAGCUCCAAUAAGAAACUGGAUCACUCCUGAGGAUGAUAUGAACAAUGAAGAAUAUUAUAAUUCUCUCGAUACUGGUUCAAGUGUGUCUGAGAAACGAUAUCAAAAAGCAGUGCAAAGAAAAGAGAGAAUUACUCGUGCUCUCAAUAUGUGUCAUUCGAUUCAAUUUACACCAAAAAUGUGGAAUUCAAUUUUAAAUUUAAAGGAUUUUUCUGUUGGAACUGAUAUUGGAAAAAAGAAAUCGAUUGCUGACAUUAUUGCACAACAACAUGUCACUAGUCUUCGUGACAUUGAUUUUAAACAUUUGAGUGAAGUAGCUGAAUAUAUGCCAACUAUAUAUGACUACACCUUAGGCAACACAAAUGCUGAACAAGAAGAAAUGACGAUGAUUGGUAAAUUUGAUCAUGAACAAGAAAAUUCAAAAUUACUUGAUUCACAACCACCACCACUGGGAAAUGUUCAACAUCAACAACAAUAUUUACUGGAAUUGGAAUUUCAAUCCAUUCAACAAGCAAAACAAUCGAGAAGAGACGAACAAACCAUCAUUUCUGAAUGUCGAUAUUUCCAAUACUACGAUCAAUACGAACACGAUAUUGAACAAUUAUCUAAAAUGGAACAUUUGGCAUUACCUUCAGAACUGUACGAUCAAUUAGGAGAGAAGGGAAUAUUCCCACACAUCACUACCGAGGAAAGAGUGAAAUUAAUGAGAUACAAACCAAAAACAUUGAGAGAGGCUUCCAUGAUUUCUGGAAUUCGACAAACCACUCUCAUUUCCAUCAUGCAAACAUUGACAUCUCCCAACUUUAGAAAGCGAAGUGGAAUUUUACAAUAG